CUUUAACGAGGCAGUGAACUCUCAUUAGGCGUUUUCGAGACAAAGUAACUACAUAAUGUCGUCCAAGAUUGUUCAGGACGCUGUUCAUGGAGUAAUAGAGCUAGAACCUUUGGCUGUGCAAAUAAUGGACUCCCCGGAAUUUCAACGUCUUCGAGAAAUAAAACAGUUGGGCAUUGCAUCGUUUGUUUUUCCAAGCUCACAACAUUCACGGUUCGAACAUUCAAUUGGCACCUACCAUAUGGCGAAGAAAUUACUUGAAAGCAUUAACAGUGAUCAAAACUACUCAGGUCCAACUUUGAAUUUUGAAGAACAGUUGGCUGUCAGGAUUGCGGCAUUAUGUCAUGAUUUAGGUCAUGGACCGUUUUCACAUAUGUGGGAAGAUUUCGUUAAAAAAGGUGGACCAGAAUAUAGUGAAUAUAAGCAUGAAAAAGUCACUUGCCAUAUAUUUGAUAAAAUUGUCAAUUCAAAGCCUGGCUUAAAAAAUGAAUUAAAUCAUUUGAAUGUUGAUAUGAAACUUAUUCACAGUCUUAUUCUUGGUGACUCUGCUGCUGUAUUAUCGAAUCAGAAUCCAUUGAAACAGAAAGCUUUUAUUUAUGAAAUACUUUCUAACAGUUUAAAUGGUAUGGACGUUGAUAAAUGGGAUUAUUUGCUUCGUGAUUGUUUGUACGCUGGCCUGGGCACCAGUGGAGCGAAUGUAGAUGUUGAUAGAUUUUUACGUUUUUAUCGACCAUUUAUGCAUACUGAUAGAGACAAGUGUAAUGACGGUGAAUCAAAUAGUUGGCAUUUAUCAUUUAAAGAUACUGAAUUAGAAAAUUUACUUCGUACAUUCAGUUUACGACAACAUCUUCAUCAAAAAGUAUAUCAGCAUAAAACUGUUACAGCCAUAUCAGCUAUGAUCAUCGAUGCUCUUGAAUUAAUAGACCCCGUGCUAAAUCUUCGCUCGAUUACCAUGAAAGCACUGAAAUGUGAAAAUCCAAAUGAUUUAGACGAAUUUCUUAAACUUCAUGAUUCACUUCUAUGGGAUAUUUAUUACGGAAGAGGAUUAUUAUCACAAAUUACUACAGAAAGUUUUCAGCCAAGAAUUCAACAAGCUCAAAAGCUGAUACAUCGUAUCUUAAAUCGAGAUCUAUAUACAUAUAUUGAUAGUAUUUACGACAUGUCAUAUUAUGCACCGAAUGAUGCUGACAAAAGUCACCAAUCCUCUAAUUCUGAAAAGCUUUCUGAUCAAGUCAAUGAAGCAGCAAUUCAAUCGUUGGCAUUACGUUCAAUGGGUUUAGGUCUUGGUCCUAGAAAAAGUUUAUGCUAUGAACCAAUUCCACCGCAUUAUAGAACCUUUGGUGUGACAUCAAAUAACACAGAUAAAUAUACCAAAGAAUCAAUUUGCACUGAGAUAUUUAAAAGACUGCCUCCAGAUUCCACAAUACAAGAUAUAAAUGACCUUUUGGUGACUGAAUCUCGAUUCACCUCAAAUAGUACAUCUGAAUCACCGAAAUUUUACUUUUAUACGCGUUCCGGGAGUACUUUCACUUACAGUGAACCCUUACGCAUAAUACACGCAUAUCGUCUUUAUUGGCGUAGAAACAAUUCCUAUCCAACGAAUAAGGAUAAAUCCUUUGAAUCUUCAACAUAUCGAUCAGUAGCCUAUCUAAAUGAAGCAUUUAAUCAAUGGCAUCAAGAGAUAAUCAAGGAUAGCCAUGCAUGAUAUGAAAUGUGGUUAGUCGGUCUGUCAGAUUGAAUUUGAUAAACUAAGACAAAGUAAAAGGUACAGUUUAAGCAACUUUCUAUUCUACACAUUGUUUUUCUUUUUUAAAAAAAAAUAAAAUUAUAAUUAUGCUUGUUUAGAUUUGUAAAAUUGGUUUUAUGAAAUAACUCUAUUGAUAAUUCAAUUCUCAAAUAUAAUAUUUAUCUCACAAAAGUACAAUGUUUUACUGUUAUAUUAAUUAUAUAUGGUAGUUAGUAGUUAUCUGACUUCAAUACAAUUUACCUAAUUCACAAAUAAAAGCGUGUUUGUUUUAAACCAAUAACCGAAGGAAGGAUGGCAUCUCGAAAAAG